AUGAAAUUCUCAAAAUACGAUAGGAUUAAAGGACACAAGAAUCUGGCAGCAGUACUGUCGCCUUGGCUUCACCGCCAAUCUGGCCGUCUACAGAAGAACACUGUCAACUGUCCCUUUUCAGGCUCCCUGUUCGCUUCAGUUGACUUGGCAAGGUCUAGUUCGGUGGAGAAUAUGAUGCCAAAACAGAGAAAACCGCUCUCAGGUUGA